CGCUCCGAAGUUCCGCGGGCAGGCUGGACUGUUUGACCUUGACCUUGGUUAAGGCCGGCCCCCAGGACACCGCAGGCUGCUUUGGCAAUGAGGGUUAAGUGACUUGCCCAGGGUCACACAGCUAAAUACUAUGCUACGUGUUCUCUUUUCCUUGGCUGUCUUGGUGACAUUUUGUGAUGCUACGUGCAGAGUUAUCCCCUUGAAAAUCACUCUAGACGGUGAACCACAAGGUUGCAAGGAUGAACAUGGUGCAAUGCACGACUUCGACAGUGAAUGGAAAGCUAAUUGUGAGAAGUGUACUUGUGACAAAACAGGAAUACAGUGCUGCAACACGUUUAUGAAACCUGUGGAAUAUGACAAAGUCAAAUGUCAUGCAAUUUUCGACAAGGCAUCCUGCCAUUAUAAUGUUGUAGAGAAAGCCAAUCCUUCUGUAGAAUGUGAAGUCACAGCGUAUACGAGUUAACACCUCCACCUCCUCCUUCUGAUGUUCCUGCCAAAGUCAUCACAUCCCAAUGGAAUUUGUCCACACUUGAAGCAAUGUGCCUUUCCUUGGAAUUCAGAGCAGCAGGGGGCUGGUAACCAUGUGGGCAUCACUUUGGAUCUUCCUUCUAUUGAAAGCAUUGUCAAGUCUUAGGCACACUGAUGCAAAUAACAAAGUGCCACCUCUGUGGCUUCUGAGACAAUCUAGGCAUCUAGGUUGUGUCCAUACCUCCUGCAAC